UUUACGGAUCGAUGCGCCCCGCGUUUGGUAAAAGAUUUGGAAGGGGGGAAAUUUUGAAAAAAAUGAAAACGGAACAUAGUGUUAUUAUACUAUUAAAUGUGAAUAUACUUUACUAUAACAUUAUUUUCAUAAUCAGGCAUGACAUCAAGGCAUUACUGGAUUUCGACAACUUCAAGCCACUCUCAAUGAAUAUGAGACAUGCAAGUCAUAAAUCGUCAUUAGAGGACUGUAGACCAUAGACUUGGAGGUACAUUUCUGACAACUAAAGAGGAAAGCUUACCAGGAGAAGCAAUAUAUAUAUCAUAUCACAAUGGAAGAGGACACAAGGCAAGGCCGCUUACCAGUGGACCAUAAGGACCAUGUUAUAAGUGUUAAGACACAUAAUGUGAAUAGGAAAGAUUCGCAAGGAAAUGAGGCUGCAAAACCGAGUGGUUCAGGUCACAGGGUAACGAAUGGGGAUAUUUUCUGUGUUGAGAAGGAGAAUGAGAGGCUUAAUGAUGUUGGUAAGGACAACGGGUCAGAUUCCGGGGUUCGCAUCAGCUACUCUGGGUCAACAGCUCAUCCGAGCAAAUUACAAACAAAACAAAGUAAACAGUCGUUGAUGGAGUAUUUUAAUUUUAAAACACCUGGGAAAGUCUCACCAAUGAAUACAGCUCAGUCCCCAAGUAUCGGGUCGGGGACACGGAAGUCAGCGUGGGAGCGAGCCCAUGAUCAAUUUGAGGCGGAAAAUCGGAAACGCCAGUAUAAGCGGAAAGAGGUUAAAGUAGAAGAUGUGGACGUUUUACAAAACGAAACGUGGUUCAACCAAAGGUCUUUCAUACAUGUUUUUAAAACUAAAAGAUUUAAAAACCCAAGGUUAGAAGCGUUAUAUCAGAGAUAUUUUUUCAAGUUAAACCAGUAUAAUUUAUCUAUCAUGGUUGCCUUGCUUUGUGUUAUAGCAGUUUUAAUGGUGAUAUUUUACUAUGUUAGUGGAGGAUUGAUGCCAAUGAGAGGCGUGUGCAUGGGUCUCAUUAUCAUAAUUUUUGUUUUUAUCGAAAUUCUGUGUAACAGGAGUUCCUUUGAUCAGCACCAAGCUCAACUUGUAUGUUACGGCAUUAUUGUGAUACAGUGCGGCUUUAUCGCCGUGAUUACGAGUGAUACAAAUCCUCGAUCCAUGUCGGACAGUAUGUGGUGUGCAGUGUUGUUCAUGUAUUUGACUUACACGCUGUUACCUGUUCGGAUGCGUAUCGCUGUGCUUAGUGCUAACUUUGUCAGCGUUAUUCAUAUCAUCGUGACAGUGGCAAGAAACUAUGAAGACUCUUUCAUCUGGAAACAGAUCGUGUGCAAUAUAUUGAUAUUCGUGUGUGUGAAUAUUGCUGGCAUUUUCACGCACUACCCGACCGAGGUAGCCCAGCGUAAAGCCUUCCUGGAGACGCGACGAUGUAUCGAGGCAAGACUCACCACGCAACGAGAAAACCAGGAACAGGAGCGACUAUUGUUGUCUGUGUUGCCGCGACAUAUUGCCAUGGAAAUGAAAGCAGACAUUGCGGGAAAACCAAAAGAUAUGAUGUUCCACAAGAUUUACAUACAGCGGCAUGAAAAUGUCAGCAUUGUGUUUGCAGACAUGUGUGGUUUUACUCAGCUCUCUUCCCAGUGUACGGCACAGGAGCUCGUGCAGUUACUCAACGAGAUAUUUGCACGCUUUGACUGCCUGGCUGCUGACAACCACUGUCUAAGAAUCAAGAUUUUGGGAGACUGCUACUACUGUGUUUGUGGGGUGCCAGAGGCAAGGGCUGACCACGCUCAAUGCUGUAUUGAUAUGGGGCUUGACAUGAUAGAAGCUAUCUCGCUUAUUCGGAAUGUGACGGGUACAGAAGUGAACAUGCGUGUGGGAAUACACACGGGUCGGGUACACUGUGGUGUUCUGGGCCUCAGGAAGUGGCAGUUUGAUGUUUGGUCUAAUGAUGUCACCCUCGCUAACUGUAUGGAGGCUGGUGGUGUUGCCGGGCGUGUUCACAUCACGGAAGAAACGUAUAAAUAUCUAAAUGGGGACUUCGAGGUGGAGGAAGGAAAUGGAGCGGAAAGGAAUGCGUUUCUUCGGGAACAAAACGUGAAAACGUAUCUCAUCAAGAAUGGCCAGCACAGGGAAAAAGAGAGGGUUUCAAGCCGUAAUGGAUUGGCCCAGGCAGGGGCGCACAGUAAAGGCAUGAAAACCAUGGGCUUUGGAGAAGACUCUAACGCUAACAUCCACCAAAAAUUGGGCCUUGGUAAAGACCAGGCAAAGGACCCUUAUGAGGAAGUUAAUGAAUAUCUGGGUCGAGCUAUCGAUGCCCGCAGUAUAGAGAGGCUUAGGUCGGAACAUGUCCGCGCUUUCCUUCUUACCUUCAGGAAACCGGAGCUGGAGAGGAAGUUUUGCUGUGUACGUGAUACUAUGUUCACGUCCCAUCUCGGCUGUACGCUGAUCCUGCUUAUACUCAUCUGUAUUCUGCAGGUGCUCAUCAUUCCCAACACACUCCUGAUGCCGAUUCUGUAUCCUGUUGGGGUGUUUAUCUUGGGGAGCCUUUUCCUGAUUACGCUCUCUGAGGUCAGCCAGUGCACGCCAAAAGGGCUUCGAUCCGUAGCAACAAAGAUCGCAGUCACACGCUGGCUAAGACAGAUUAUCCUUGCUGUGGCUGUCAUCGUCAUUUUUGUUAUUGCUCUUGGACCUAUGGUGCUACUGGAUCGUACCAGCCUCACCACCUGUCUCGCUGACCUCUAUGGCAUUGCCGAGAACCAGCUCAAUGUUUCACUCAUCCAGGCAGCAAAUAUUUCCAUAGGGACAGACCACACCCUGUGUAACCCCAAUACCCCCACCAUACACUUUCCAGAGUAUGUGACACUGUGUGUAUGCAUAGCCCUGCUCAGCACCGCGGUGUAUGUGCAUAGUUCGAGUAUCGUGAAGCUUGUGCUACUUACCUCCCUUGCCGCACUGUACAUCGCGCUGGUCGAACUGGAGUACUCCACCCUGUAUGAUAACCGGGACAUCCUCAUCCGAGCCAAUGUCGGCCUAGAGAUGGAUGACCCCACUACAAGCAUACCAUUGAAAUGGGAGACAAUUGUUGUGCUGAUUAUUUUCUCCUUCUUCCUCUUCAUCCACGCCCAGCAGGUGGAGUCCACUGCCAGGCUCGAUUUUCUCUGGAAGGUCCAGGCAACAGAUGAGAAGGAUGAGAUGGAGAGUCUGAGGGCAUACAAUCUGAAGCUAGUGGCCAAUAUUCUGCCCCUGAAUGUGGCUCAACACUUCCUGAAGAGGGCCGGAAACAAGGAUGAGGACAUGUACUACAGUGACUGUGAGUGCACGUGCGUGAUGUUUGCCUCGAUAGCAAACUUUUCUGAGUUCUACAUAGAGCUGGAGGGUAAUAACGAGGGCGUGGAGUGUCUGCGGCUGCUUAACGAGAUCAUCGCUGACUUUGAUGAGAUUCUGGAGAAUACAAAAUUCAGAUGCAUUGAGAAGAUAAAGACAAUUGGUUACACAUACAUGGCUGCCAGUGGCCUUACCGCAGAAACCAGUUUUCCUGAUAUGAGCCACGUUGUCGCACUGACUGAGUAUGUGUUUAACAUCCAGGAACAACUGCGGCAGGUCAACGAACACUCGUUCAACAACUUUAAGAUGAGAAUAGGCAUGAAUGUGGGCCCAGCAGUAGCAGGAGUGAUUGGAGCCAAGAAGCCACACUAUGACAUCUGGGGUAAUACUGUAAAUGUCGCCAGCAGAAUGGACAGCACUGGAGUGCCUGACUGUAUACAGGUUACUCAGGAGAUAUACAACAUCCUUGAACCCCUGGGCUACAUGCUGGAAUGUAGGGGCAUGGUGGCAGUGAAGGGCAAGGGGGAGAUGGUCACCUACUUCCUGGUUAAUAAGCCUGCACAUAUCUGAGACAUUGAUGUAUGAUCCGCGACUCGUGUGUAUUAACCAGUGUGUUAUGGCUGUUAUGUGAGACUUUAUUCAUAACCAAUGGCUCUGAACUGAGACUGGUGUAUAGGUGUAUACAUCAGCUCAUAUCUGAGACUCACUGCAGACACUUAAUACACAAUAUUAAUAAUACUGAAUUAUGUGAUUAUGUGCAAAAUCUGGCUCAAGUCAUGGUUUUAGACUGUUAAAGCAAAAAAUGGCUAAUAUUGCAGACUCUUUGUCUAUAAUUUGACCUCUAUCUGAAACUAGGCAUAUAAACUGCCUCUAAGUGGAGACAAUGCAUAUAAACUGGCUCAGAGUUGAGACAAUUAAGGCAUAUAAACAGGCUCAAUGUUGAGACAAUGCAUAUAAACUGGCUCAAAGUUGGGACAAGGCUUAUAAACUGACUCAAAGUUGAGACUAGGCUUAUAAACUGCCUUAAAGUUAAGAAAAGGCAUAUACACUAGGGUACCUUAAAGUUGGCUAGGUACAGAAACUGGUUUAUAGUUGAGACUAGGCAUAUAAAUUGGCUCAAAGUUAAGAAUUAGGGCAUGUAAACUGCAUCAAAGUUGAGACUAUAGAUAAGGCAUAUAAACUGCCUCUAAGUGGGGACAAGGCAUAUAAACUGCCUCAAAGUGGAGACAAGGCAUAUAAACUGCCUCAAAGUUGAGACAGUUAAGGCAUUUAAACUAAAGUUGAGACAAUUAAGGCAUACAUGCAGUCUUACAUGGAGAUGUUGAAACACACUUUGUUAUUAGUAAUGAGUAUGAAUGCAUAUGUUGUUUAAGGUGAAAAGUGUUAAAAAAACAAAUUCCUUUAACAUUGUUGGUCUUGAUUUUAACAUGCUCAAAGUGAUGUUUUAGUUGUUUUGUUAAAUGUAUAGGUUUCAUGUAUUUUAGAAUGAUGUUAUUUUAAACAGUGUCUAAGUGCAUUUAAUCUUCGCAGUUCUUAAUAUGAUAAGCAUUUUGAGCCUGGGAUAUAAUUCUAGGUAAUUAAUCUUACAUGAUUUCUUGUGAAUGCCAUCUAAAAUGUGUAGACUGUGCUUGAUCAACUUUAUUUAAAUUACAACAAUUAAAUGUGCUGUGUCAAGAAGAUAAUAUGAAGAACAUUACAUGCAUUGAAUGUAGUCUUCAUGUUUAAUCAUUGUCAACUACAAUGUUUGGUAGAAUGUUUUGAUUUUGCGAGUUUUUUUUUAUAUUGUCAGAAUAAUUCACUAUGAUGGUAUGAUUUUUUCAAGUUGCGAAUAAAAAUUUACGUAGCAUAGUACUAAUUUUAACAAUAGGUUUGCUAAUGGUUAAACAACCAAUGGUGUGGCAAAUUUGAAACCCUGUAAAAUGAGCUAAAAUUGAAAUGUUUUUAAUAAAAGACCUUAUGAACAUGUAUUUUGAUCUACUCUAUUUAAUUUUAAGCGAUCAAGAAACUGUGUUCAUUACACAAUUUAGUGACCAAAUAUGUCCCCAUUGUAUAAAGCAGAAUUAUUUAUUUUUACAAUAUUGUUAAUUUACAUUGUAUAAAGCUACUUUUCUUAAAAUCAUCUAUGAAAGUCAGACAUACUUAUAUAGUAAAAUGGAUAAUUGAUUUGUUACUGCUAUAAAUCGUUGUUAAGUUCAUGAUUAUGAUUUUUUUUUCAUCUUCUAAUUGAUUUUGCAUUUAUGUUUUAUCAUUGCAAUAACAAACUUACAAUUGUCUAAAUAUUAAUGAUAUUUUUCAGAUAUUUAAGUCAUAGUGUUUAUCAUGAUCAUGUGGUCAUGGUCUUUGUAAUGUGCGGAAGGAAAGCUAGUAGUCAUUUGAAUGUUUAAUAAAUAGUUUAGGUAUAGCCCUCAAUCAUUGCAUUACAGCUGCCAUGCCUGGCAUUGUUUUAAUAUAACAUAGGUAGAUGUUUUAUUGUACAAUACAGGAGAUCUACUCUAAGAAUGUAAUAAAAAGAUUUGAAUGAAUCUCUUACCACUACUCAAACAAAUAUUAGUUUUUGUGAAUUACUUUUAUCAUAUCCUAUUAAUUAUGAUUAAGAUUUAAAGAUAUUAAAAUGUAUGUCAGAGUUAGAGAUCUUUUUAUCUUCAGUUGGCAGAUACAUGAAUAAAAAAAGCAAAAUCUUAUUGCAUGCCUGUCUGCUUCUUGAAUUUGUUUCUCAGUGUGAACUUUUUCUUUGAUUAAUUUAUUGCAUUGGCAGACAUUAAGAGUAGUUUUUUUGCUGUUUCAGUACACUGGUUAAAUUUAUAUCAUAUAAUUUGAGUUUCUUAGUGAUGCCAUAUAAUUUAAAACAAUAUAUCACUGUAAAUAGUUGUAUUUUCUUGCCAAAAUGGAAAAUGUGCAAUGCAAUAUUAUCAAGUACUAAAUUGUUAAAGAUUAAUCAUGGUGUUACUAGUAAUUAUCCCUUAUAAUUUGACAUACCAUGUAAGUACUCAUAUCACUUGUAAUUUACAAAAGAAUUUAAGUCCUGUAUCACUUGUAAUUUGCCAAUGUAUUUAAGUCCUUAUAUCACUCGUAUUUGACCAUAGAAUUGAAGUCCUCAUAUCACUCGUGUUUGACCAUAGACUUGAAGUCCUCAUAUCACUCGUGUUUGACCAUAGAAUUGAAGUCCUCAUAUCACUCGUGUUUGACCAUAGAAUUGAAGUCCUCAUCUCACUCGUGUUUGACCAUAGAAUUGAAGUCCUCAUCUCACUCGUGUUUGACCAUAGAAUUGAAGUCCUCAUAUCACUCGUGAUGGACCAUAGAAUUGAAGUCCUCAUCUCACUCGUGUUGGACCAUAGAAUUGAAGUCCUCAUCUCACUCGUGUUGGACCAUAGAAUUGAAGUCCUCAUCUCACUCGUGUUGGACCAUAGUAUUGAAGUCCUCAUCUCACUUGUAUUUGACCAUAGCAUUGAAGUCCUCAUCUCACUUGUAUUUGACCAUAGCAUUGGAGUCCUCAUCUCACUUGUAUUUGACCAUAGCAUUGGAGUCCUCAUCUCACUUGUAUUUGACCAUAGCAUUGGAGUCCUCAUCUCACUUGCAUUUGACCAUAGCAUUGGAGUCCUCAUCUCACUUGCAUUUGACCAUAGCAUUGGAGUCCUCAUCUCACUUGCGUUUGACCAUAGCAUUGAAGUCCUCAUCUCACUUGCGUUAUUGAAGUCCUCAUCUCACUUGUAUUUGACCAUAGCAUUGAAGUCCUCAUAUCACUUGUAUAUCACUUGUAUUUGACCAUAGCAUUGAAGUCUUAACAUUUAAGUCCGGUAUCACUUGUUAUUUAACAUGAUUCAAUCAAAUAAAACCUGACAGGAUUUGAUUAUUAUAUAAAAACAUAUUUUAAAGGUAUCCCAAAAAAAUAUUUAUUUUGAAAUUCAUGAAUUUAAUAUAAAAUUGAGCUUAGCAUAAGUGUUAAGUGCUUUGCAUACAUGUGUGUUUUCUUCUGUUAAUCUUCUGACUAGAUGAUAAGCACAGCCAAUUUUUGUUGAACCUUGAACAUUUUGUACAUACAACUGUACAACAUUGAGAAUUCCGUCAAAAUUGAUAUUGUACAUAUCAACCUAAGUCUGUGAUUCCUAUUAGUUGUUUACUGAUUGUGAAAUAAAUGUUAUUUAUU